AUGGCCAAUCUUUUCAAACGACGUGGAACUGGGAUUGUGACCGCUGUGUUCGCUUUUAUAGCGUUUGUAAUGAUUGUAGCAGCACUUCUUUCAGAAUACUGGGUUAUGGCGGAUCUUGAACGCCAAGUCGGGAAUUCGACACAGAAGGGAGGUUCUAAACAUUUCGGAAUGUUCAAUGGAGUCAGCAAACAGGAUUUUGGACUUGGAGCAAGAGAAAGGGACUUCGCAGGUGAAAACAGAAUAAUAUUUGUUCUCCAAAAUGUAGUUUAUCCUAAGAUUAAAAUAUAUGAGGCAUACUGUUAACAUUCCCUCCCUUUGAGGACAUUGUGACAGCAUUUUUUCCGGGUGUUUAGUCAUAUUUUUGCGAAAUAAAAAAAACAUUUAUUCCUGAAUUUAGUGGGCUGAACAUUACUACUCAGGUAUAAAAAAGUAGCUAAACGUGAAUAUUAUUAGUUGUCUACAUACAGAGGUAACCCAUUUCAAGAAAUACCACAAUUUUUAUGAAGGAACAGACACUUAAUUUUAGCUACACGUAUUUUUUGAUAAGCUGACUGAUUUUGUAACUGAUUCCAGCCUCCAUACUUUGAGAGAUGAAGUUCAGCGCCAAGCGCUAACAGGGCUUUCAUUUAAACGUUUUACUAUUUUGACAGCCACGAACAUUUUUACGGUCUUUGAAAAAGAAUAGUCUUACGACAUAUAUUCUUAAAAAUAAAACAAAAAAAUAGACACUUUGAUGUUCUAAAAGAUGUUGUCAAGUCUUUCCAACACUUAUGAUGAAUUCAUCAUGACUAUUUAAUAAACUUACUGAAUAUCAGAUUCACCCACCUGCUGUAAUGAAUAAGAAUGACAGCAUUUCCGUUGCUACUGAUAACUUAAUUGUUUGGCACUGACUCAACAUGUGUAUGUUCCUAACAAUUCCCAUGAUAUUGGGAAAUCUACAAGCUCAAAUGCCAAUUGUGUCAACUAUUUUAUAAAUGUCUCUGAUUUUGUUGUUGAUGCAGAAAUAAAUAGAUUGAAGAAACACACACACCAUUUAUUAAAAUAUAAAAAUAAAUUACAUAAGCCCUCUUAAGGGGGCUAUGUACAGGGGCGUAGCCAGCUUUUUGACUAGUUACAGGCCUAGCUGACUUUCAUUUCCACACAUCCUGAUAAUUGCAUGCAUGACUAGUACGAACUGACUUCACCAACACUUUGAGCUCGUACACUUUUUAGCUCACCCCAACAACCCAUAAUUUAUUACAAGCGAUAGAGUGAUCAAACCAAAAAUUUGUAGGCCCGGCGCCUACAGGUCUGUAGGCUGGCUACGCCCUAGAUGUAUGUCCCUAAUCUGAAUUUCAAAGCCUGUCGUUUCAAGUAUUGAGGAGGAAGCUAUGUGACUGUCGGUAAUUUACUUUUGUAUUAGCACUUUCUCUGUCACUGUCACAAUAAUUUCAACCCCUCUUUGUGCCAUUUGUCACCAUUUCUGCUGUCCUAUGUCACUGUUUUUGAGGCCAUGUUGCUUGUCGGAAUUAAACCUAACAGAACCUCAUUACCGGCACUUAUUCUUGGCCAGGGCGAUGGUUAUUUAUGUCACCAAGUUUGAAGACAUACCACGAAGAGUCCUGUGCUACCCGUUUCUAAAUUUUUGGAACACAUUUAGUUAUUAUUACUAUGUCACACAGUUUCUGUUUGUUGCAUAUAACUGAUUAACAUUUUAGCCUUUUUAGGCUCACUCUGCUAACACUGUGAAAUUUCAUCUGUUGCAGUCAAGGAUGAAUUUGAGGGUGUGGCCAAUGAUGAUGUUGUUUGGGCAACUGUAGGAUUCUGCAUUCUUAGUUUGGCUGUCGUCGCCAUAUUAAUUGGACUUACCUGUUAUAAUGAGUUUACCAAGCCAGAUUUAACCAUUUGUGGUUCCACUGGGAUAUACAUUUGUUGUGGAGUAGCUUGUAAGUACUGAAAAAAUUAGUUAACCUUUAAUUUAUUGUUGUGUGAGCUGCAGGGCAGGACAAAUAAUGAAUUGGGAGCUAUUCACCCUAGAUGGCUUUAGACAACCAAUCUGGGUUUCCAACAAUAUGCUCAGUUUUGGAGAAAAAAAUGAUUUUUCAACAUCUUUAAGACCUAGAUGCCCACUCAUCAGUUCUUGGCUUAAAUCUACUUACAUCAAUGAGCUGACUUUUCAAUAGGCUGAGAAAACAACCAACAUUUUACGAUGUAUUCAAGGAGAAACCAUCACAAUUUGUUGGCUGUUUUCUCAAGCCAAGUUGUUAACAAAUAUUGUUGCUCUACUUGCAGUUUUCUUUGUGAUCAUUUCUGCAUGUUUGUUUGCUGCCUUGUUUGAGAUCCAACUCAAAAAGAAUGUCUUGCAACCACAAGAUCAGCAGCGAGGCUUCUCUUCAACUGACAAGGCUCAGCUUGGAUAUUCAUUUUGGAUCUUGUUAGGUGCUGCUGGAGUGUUGUUACUCUGUCCACUAAUCAUUUUAUUGAAGAAUGUUCACUGCACACAUUAUUUCAAAACAAAAAAGCAUGAAAUAGCCAAUGUAGAUGGAGUCAUGUUAUAUUAG